UCCUCCCCCUCCCCGUCCAGGCACGGGGUUGCGGCGCUCGGAGGGCCGAGCCGCGGGGCGGGACGCGGCGCUUCCGCCUCGAGGGAAGCGGCGAUGGACGCGGGCGGCGGGGCGGACCUCGGCGGUGGCGGCGCGGCGCUGGGGAAGAGGAGAGGCACGGCUCGGCCGCGCGGUAAGCCCCGGCCGCAGUCCUACCAGAGCCCCGGCGGGCUGCUCGUCACCGACUUCCCGGUGGAGGACAGGUGCGCCUUCACCCUCGCGCAGCCCGCGGCCACCGUCAGCGCCGCGCCCCGGGGGGGUUCCCCGCGGCUCCCCGCCCGCGUGGGCUCGGUGCCGGCCGGGAAGCUGCGUGCUACGCCGUGCCCCGAGCCGCCUGCCGGGCUGCUGGCGCUGCUCUCCAGCGCGUCCCUCGGCUUCGUCGCCAACGGGGCUUUCCCCGUGCCCGGCGGCCCGCCGCCCCGAGGGGCUCGCGGAGAAGCCGAGCAGAGGCCGGCAGGGCCCGACGGUGUCUCCCGGGCCGCGUCCCCGGAGCGAGGCGUCACCGCCCCGAGCCCGCUCCCCGAGCAGCCUGCCGUCACGCUGAGCACGCACAGCCCUGCGGCGCGCAAGGUGGGCACGCAGCAGAUCAUCCCUCGCAGCCUGGCGUCCGACAGCAAGGUGACCCACAAGAGUGGCGGGCACGUGGAUGCCGGCCGGAGGGUGCUGAAGGCGCGCAGCAUGGUGGAGAGCCCCGGCGUGCCGCUGGGCGCUGACGAGGAAGCCGAGGGCGAGCCGGACAGCCCGGGUGUGCUGCGGCGCGGCCUGCGCUCCACCUCCUACCGCCGGGCUGUGGUGAGCGGCAUCGACCUCGACGGCUCCGCCAACUUCAAGAAGAAAAACAGAAUGUCUCAGCCCAUACUGAAGGCCGUUGUUGAAGAUAAAGAGAAGUUUUCCAGCCUGGGGAGGACAAAGAAGAAAACGCUGAAAGGACAAGGGACAUUCGAUGGGGAAGAAAACGCUGUAUUAUAUCAGAACUAUAAAGAAAAAGCUCUGGACAUCGAUUCUGAUGAAGAGUCGGAGCCCCGAGAGCAGAAAUCGGAUGAAAAGAUUGUUUUUCCCUAUAAGCCCCUGAGAUCGACGUGGAGCCAGCUAUCAGUUGUGAAAAAGAAUGGAUUAUCAGAAACGAUCAGCCAGGAAGAAAGGAAGAGACAAGAGGCCAUAUUUGAAGUGAUAUCUUCUGAGCAUUCUUACUUGCUGAGCUUGGAGAUUCUCAUCCGGAUGUUUAAAAAUUCCCAAGAACUGAGCCUCACAAUGACCAAAACAGAGAGCCACCACCUUUUCUCCAAUAUUACAGAUGUUUAUGAAGCAAGUAAAAAGUUCUUCAAAGAACUUGAAGCGAGACACCAGAACAAUAUCUUCAUUGAUGAUAUUAGUGAUAUCGUGGAAAAGCAUACUUCGUCAACAUUCGAUCCUUAUGUAAAAUACUGCACUAAUGAAGUCUAUCAGCAGCGAACACUUCAGAAAUUGCUAGCUACAAAUGCAGCGUUUAAGGAGGCGUUGUCACGAAUUGAGUCCCAUGAAGACUGCAGGAAUUUACCGAUGAUCUCCUUCCUCAUUCUCCCUAUGCAGAGGGUUACUCGUCUUCCAUUAUUGAUGGAUACUAUUUGUCAGAAAACUCCUAAAGAUUCACCAAAAUACGAGAACUGCAAGCAAGCCCUGAAAGAAGUGAGCAAGUUGGUGCGUUUAUGCAAUGAAGGUGCUCGAAAAAUGGAGAGGACAGAAAUGAUGUACACAAUUAACUCCCAGCUGGAAUUCAAAAUCAAGAAAAUCAGAAAAAUGUAUGGCAUCUUCUCUAAUUUGUAUGAGAAGCAUUACAGUUCCCUGCUGCAAGUGGCAGCUAUGCCGUGGAACCUACAUCCCUCGUUCAUGGAUUGACUGAUUGGAGAAAAAGAAACAUUUCUGGGGGGAGGGACUGCAUGCUAAAGCAAUUGCAGUUCUCACUUGAGCACAGUGUCUGACAGCGUGUGAAUGAGUCCUGAUUUCCUUACAUGUGAGUUGACUCUGCCAUGAGCUAUAGACAGUUCUGAAACUUUGCUCAGAUUUCUAACUGCAGCUGAGGAAAAAAAAAACAUCUUUCUGUUAAGAGUGAGUUAGUAUAUGUUACAACAUAAAGGGUUUUUUAAUAUCUAUUUGAUAAAGUAUUACUUGCUCUCCAUAUCAGUUCAGCAGCUGAAAGGGUCACCCAUUUACCUACUGCAGCUGAAAUAAAACAAUACAUUGGUUGAGUUUCAGCACCCCAACAUUGCGUUUUCUGAGAGCGCCAGGUGCGGUUCAGCACCUGUUUCUGUCAGGGUGUGAGUUAAUGCUGCAGAGAAGGCACGUGAGCUGGCCUUGUGCUGUGCUGCUGCGCCACGUCUGUACCGACUGGUGCUGCUGGACAAAAGUUUCACCUACUGAGUACACCUAACUAACUGCUGCUAGACCUUGAAGGGAUCUCAACGCUGUCUGAACGUCCAGAGUACAGCUGCAUGAAAAUUGUAGUGGAAAUAAUUACAGUUACUGGGGUUUUAUUGUAGUUACAAAAUACUUCUCGAAGUACGCUGACUAUUCUCAUAUUCAUUGUUAAAGUACCAUUUCUGUAACUAAUGUCUGAUUCCACUACAGGAUGAGUGUAGUUUUGAGAGAAGGUUGGUUGGUUUGUUUUUGUCAUCAGAUGUGAAGUAGUGUGGGUUUAUGUUUUCAAGAGAUCAGUCUUGCUUUGAGUCAGUCCUGUCUCCAAAAGGUAUUUCUCAACUUGUCCAAAGUAUUUCCAUGUACAUACUAAAAACUGAGAAUAGUAUUUACUUAACGAUAAUAAAGGAAACAUCUCCGAAGUGACAUCACAGCAUUUGCUAACACUGGUGAAUAGUGGUCUCAGGUAUUUGGAUAGUCUAAAGUAGAGUUUUAAAUAGUUUAAAAACUUUGGGUGGUCGGCCUCCCACGUUCCUGACCUGCACAAGUACCUAGCAAUUUCUAAAUGUCCAUUACUUUUCUGUUGGAAGAGGACCAGGGUGCUGACCUAACCUUGCAGGAGCAAGAGGCCCUGUAUGAUCCUUGCACUGUGCGUGCUGGGACUGGCAACUCUCACUAAUUUCAUGAGAAUAAUAGCAGCUUCAUUUUCUUUUUCUGUAUUCUUAUGCAAGUGUUUUUUUUCCCUCUGUGCCUCUUAAAUACAACCGCUUAGUGGUUUAGGCUUUAUCUGUUUGAGCAGGUGCCAGCUGGAGUGCUUGCUGGAUUGUUUUGGCCAAGUUUCAAUACAUUUUAAGUUCUGAUGUCUUAUUUUAUACAAAAAGGAGAUGAUAUGCAUGUUGUACUCCUUUGGCAAUGAAGGGAAAAUUAACGUUAAAGUAAAAAGAUGCCUCUGGAAUACAGUCAACUAGGAAGAUCCGAUGAUUGCAUCUGGAAUAGAGAUUAGGGGGCUUGUUUAGUUCAUGCUCGCAGAAAUUUUUAAAAUAGCUUUCAUCUGAAAAACAGUUGUGAUGAGUCUGUUCUGUAACCAUUAUAAAUUAGGUAAACUAUUUCUGUUCUUUUCUCAUACAGUGUUUUGUAAUUCUUAUUUCCUUAGGUGUGACUGUCGAGCAUUACAUGGGAGUAUGAGAGAAGCUAUUAAAACCUAGGUCACUUUUGUACAUGGCUCCUCUGUAGGUUCUUUAUCUUUAAUGAAGGUUCAGAAGUGUUUUUUUCUUUUUUGCGUUUAGCACCAGGAAAGGAAUUUCCUGCAAACAGACAUUCGAGUCCAGGAACCAAACUCUUCUGUAAUUUGUGUUCAAGGACCAUAUAGUCCAGCCCUUGGAUUCUGUAGAGUCCCCAGGCAGAGGUGCUGUAACCUUUGAGGUGUGGCCUGAUGUUUCCCAUUCAUGUAUCGUCACAGGGAACUGCUACUACGUUUCAGGAAGUCUAAAUAAGUGAAGCUAUCUGUUUACAAAAAAGAGGAUUUUCAUAUCGCUUUAAGGUACUGAAGCUGCGGAGUUUUGAUUCAGCAUAAUACUUUUUAUUUAAAGAUAAGCGCUUUUAUAAAACUUCAGAAAUUACUUAGAUUACAGUGAUGGAAUUUGGGAGCUCUUCUGAGCUGUCACAUCAGGGAACUGAGUUAAAUUGGUCCUUUGUAACCUGUAUGGUUUAAUGAGGUGUCUUUAAUAAAAUGGCAGUCCUUGGUAAAGGUGAUCAAGUUGGAUUGAUAUUAGCCACAGAUGUGAGGUGAGCAACAGCUUCAGUUAAUAAACUUGAAAUUACAGUGAUUUCUAAUAACAUUGUCUUACUCUGAGUCGCGAGCAGAGACAGAGACGUGGAUAUAAAUGUACUUAGGAAGUAUGGGUUUAAAACAAAUUCUGCAUUUCUGAACUGGAAAACAUGGAAUCAUAGAAUUGCCGAGGUUGGAAAAGAUCUCUUAAGAUCAUCUAGUCCAGCCAUCCACAUACCACCGGUACUGCCCCCUACACCGCGUCCCUGAGGACCACAUCUGCCCUUCCCUGAAGCACCUCCGGGACGGCUGCUCCACCACUUCCUGGGCAGCCGGUGCCCGACUGCUCCUUCUGAGAAGGAAUUCUUGCUAAUAUCCAACCUGGAAAUGCAGAAAAUGUAUUUAGUAAACUGAUAAUGCAAAACUGGAAAUGUGCAAAAAAAAAAAGUAUAAGUCAAAUAGGAAUUUGUGAGCUUA